UACUAUUGUAACUAUUGGUUCACAGUAUCAGUGAUCACAUUUAGUAAUAUAAUUUACUAUUGUAACUAUUGGAUCACAUUUAGUAAUAUAAUUUACUAUUGUAACUAUUGGAUCACAUUUAGUGAUAUAAUUUACUAUUGUAACUAUUGGAUCACAUUUAGUAAUAUAAUUUACUAUUGUAACUAUUGGAUCACAUUUAGUGAUAUAAUUUACUAUUGUAACUAUUGGAUCACAUUUGGUGAUAUAAUUUACUAUUGUAACUAUUGGAUCACAUUUAGUGAUAUAAUUUACUAUUGUAACUAUUGGUUCACGGUAUCAGUGAUCACAUUUAGUAAUAUAAUUUACUAUUGUAACUAUUGGAUCACAUUUAGUAAUAUAAUUUACUAUUGUAACUAUUGGAUAACAUUUAGUGAUAUAAUUUACUAUUGUAACUAUUGGAUUACAUUUAGUGAUAUAAUUUACUAUUGUAACUAUUGGUUCACGGUAUCAGUGAUCACAUUUAGUAAUAUAAUUUACUAUUGUAACUAUUGGAUCACAUUUAGUGAUAUAAUUUACUAUUGUAACUAUUGGAUCACAUUUAGUGAUAUAAUUUACUAUUGUAACUAUUGGUUCACGGUAUCAGUGAUCACAUUUAGUGAUGUUUGA